AUAGGCUUUGCAGAGUUUGAAAUCCGGGCAGCUUUCGACGUUCCCGCCACCCCUUCCUUGUGUGCACUGACGCCCGUGGGCUAGUGCUUGCUUGAGACUGUGGGCCCUUCUAGAAAGACUCGCCUCUGGUCCCGCCAGCCCAGGAGUGCGCAGGCACUUCGUCUGUUCUGGGUUGGUGCCACACCGUGCUUCUGGGAAUCUCAGCUGCCUGUCCAGGAGGAUUAGAGUGGGUGUCAGAAGCCAAGUGUCCAGGAGCUGCAAACCCAGAGCCCCUUGAUGCUGCCCCUAACAGCCUCUCCUUCCCUCCCUUCAACUGGUUUGGUUAUUCGCACCCUUCUCUCAGACCUUCGAUUUGGGAAGCUUCAAGCUUCAGUCGUUCAAGACGCUCCUUCGGAGAAUCUCCCCGAGGUGACAGCCCCAGGCAGCGAUGCCAGGAUGCCUGUCUCCACUGCCCUCCACCAAGAUGGCAGCCAGGAGCGGCCACGGAGCCUAAUGUCCACCACUUCUUCAUCCGGCUCCUCCCGUGACAGCCACAGUGCCAUGGAGGAGCCCACUGGCUUGGAGGCUUCAGCCCAGAACGGGACAGGCUCCCCUUGGGACCGUCACGUUCCCAACAGCAACAACAACUCCAGCGGCUGGCUGAACAUGAAAGGACCUCUCUCCCCAUUCAAUGGCCGUGCAGGGACGGGUCCUGCCCACCACAAGCUCAGCUAUCUGGGCCGGGUGGUGAGAGAGAUCGUGGAAACAGAGCGCAUGUAUGUGCAGGACCUUCGGAGCAUCGUGGAGGACUACCUCUUGAAGAUCAUUGACACUCCGGGACUCCUGAAGCCUGAGCAAGUCAGCGCCCUCUUUGGGAACAUAGAGAGCAUAUAUGCACUGAACAGCCAGCUUCUCAGGGAUCUGGACAGCUGCAAUAGUGAUCCCGUGGCGGUGGCCAGCUGCUUCGUGGAAAGGAGCCAAGAGUUUGAUAUAUACACCCAGUAUUGCAACAACUACCCCAACUCAGUGGCAGCCCUCACAGAGUGCAUGCAAGACAAGCAGCAAGCCAAGUUCUUCCGAGACCGGCAGGAGCUGCUGCAGCACUCCCUGCCUCUGGGCUCCUACCUGCUGAAGCCGGUCCAGCGCGUGCUGAAGUACCACCUGCUGCUCCAGGAAAUUGCCAAACAUUUUGAUGAGGAAGAGGAUGGCUUCGAGGUGGUGGAGGAUGCCAUCGACACCAUGACGUGUGUGGCCUGGUACAUCAACGACAUGAAGAGGAGGCAUGAACACGCAGUUCGGCUACAGGAGAUCCAGUCACUGCUCAUUAACUGGAAGGGACCGGACCUGACCACCUAUGGGGAGCUGGUCCUGGAAGCCACCUUUCGUGUACACCGCGUGCGCAAUGAGAGAACUUUCUUCCUCUUUGACAAGAUACUGCUCAUUACCAAGAAGCGAGGCGAUCACUUUGUCUACAAGGGUCACAUCCCGUGUUCCUCACUGAUGCUGAUUGAAAGCACCAGAGAUUCUCUGUGCUUCACCGUCACCCACUAUAAGCACAGCAAACAACAAUACAGUAUCCAGGCCAAGACCGUGGAGGAGAAACGGAGCUGGACUCACCACAUCAAGAGGCUCAUCCUGGAGAACCAUCAUGCCACCAUACCUCAGAAGGCCAAGGAAGCCAUCUUGGAAAUGGACUCCUAUUAUCCCAGUCGGUAUCGCUGCAGCCCAGAGCGGAUGAAAAAGGCCUGGUUCUCCCAAGAUGAGGUGUCUACCCACGUGCGCCAAGGACGUCGGCAGUCUGAGCCCACCAGACACCUGCUCAGGCAACUGAGUGAGAAAGCAGCCAGAGCGGCCGGAAUGAAGCAUGCAGGCAGUGCUGGAGCCCUCCUGGACUUUGGGCAGCCACCCCACGAACAGGAGCAGCAGCCAGAGGCUGAGGGGGCUGCCAGGGAGGAGCUUGAGGAAGAGGAGGAACCCGUGGAGGAGGAAGAGCAGCGACAGCAGAGCUUCCCGGUCUCCUCGGAGGGCCUUGCAGGGCAUGAUGGCAGCGAGAAGGUGCCUGGGCCAGAGCUCCCGGGCUCAGAGGAGGAGGAGGAAGAGAGUCUAGCAGUGGCGGAGCAGGUAGCUGACUUCGCCAGUUCCCUGCUGGCCGCCCUCCACUGCUGGCACUAUCGGGCCAGCGCUUUACUUUUCUCCCGGGGUGCUAUGGGGAAGAGACACAGGGAGUCUGAAGGCUCUAAAGGCUGCAGAAGGCCCAGUAACCGUUCGCCAACCAGUGCGGAGAAGCGCAUGAGCUUUGAGUCUGUUUCUUCCCUGCCAGAGGUGAGCAGUCAGCAGGUUGAGACAGAUCCUGAGCCUGGGGCCGAGCAGGAGGCCUUUACUGCCUUGGAAGGUCCCAGCACAGAGGAGAUGCCUUCAGACCCAGAAUUUCCAGAAGCCCUGGAGACACAGCUUCAUGCCCCUAAGGGGCUGCUAGAAGUGGACAACCCAGCUGGUAUGGUGGACUUUGCAGAGCCUGAGGCAUCUGAAGACCUGAAGGCCUUGAGUAGUGAGGAGGAAGAGGAGGAGGAAAUGGGAGCCGCCCAGGAACCCGAGAGCCUCCUGCCACCCUCUGUGCUGGACCAGGCCAGUGUCAUUGCUGAGAGGUUCGCCAGUAGCUUUUCUCGGCGGAGCAGCCUGGCAAUAGAGGAUGGCAAGUCCAGCGGCCUAGGGACACCACGGCUUAUCAGCCGGAGCAGCAGUGUGCUCAGCCUAGAGGGCAGUGAUAAGGGCCUAGCCCGAUGGAGCAGCAUUGGGGACUCCCUCAGCAACCCACCCACCCCAGAAGUGAUCAUUGGUACAGACAUGGUCACAGACAAUGGCCCUUCUGUCAAUGGGACAGAAUCUCCAAGUGCAGGCUUGGGCUGCCCCACGGAACAGGAUAGAUCUUCCUGCAAGAAAAAAGAAUCAGCGCUGUCUACCCGAGACCGUCAGCUGCUGGACAAAAUUAAGAACUACUAUGAAAAUGCAGAACACCACGAUGCCGGCUUCAGCAUCCGUCGGCGGGAGAGCCUCUCCUACAUUCCUAAGGGACUGGUGCGCAGCUCUGUGUCCAGAUUCAACAGUCUUCCCAAGCCAGAUUCAGAGCCAGCAGCUCCAGUUGGGUACAAGAGGCCGGGGAGUUCUCGUCCAGCCUCAUGGACCUUGUUUGACCUUCCAGGUCCCAACGGGACAGACGAAGGGGACCCAGCUCCUGUCACAGAUGCUGAGUUCCGUCCAUCUUCAGAAAUUGCAAAGAUAUGGGAAAGAAUGGAGUCUUCACAGAGAAGUCCACGGACAGGGUCUGGCCAGAGCCAGGCCAAUGGCUUUGAGCUACAAGAGCCACUGUUUAUCUUGGAGGAGCAUGAACUGGGGGCCAUCACUGAAGAGUCUGCUGUCGCCUCUCCAGAAAGUGCCUCCCCCACCGAGCAACCCAGCCCAGCCCACCUGGCCCGGGAGCUCAAAGAGCUGGUGAAAGAGCUGAGCAGCAGUGUCCAGGGAGAGCUGGUUACCCCACUGCACCCCCGGAUUGUGCAGCUCUCCCAUGUGAUGGACAGCCAUGUGAGUGAGCGGGUCAAAAACAAGGUCUACCAGUUGGCCCGCCAGUACAGCCUCCGAAUUAAGAACAUCAAGGCAGCUAGGCCGCCUCUACAGUGGGAAAAAGCCACUCCUGACCGGGUUGAGCAGAUCCUUCCCAUUUCUGGCCUGCCUGAGGAAACUGGAGAGCUGUCAGGGAGCAAAGCCAGGAGGAAACCCGCACUAUCCCUCCUCAGCUAUGAGCAGCUGGUGGCUCAGGAGCAUGGCACAUCCAAGUCUUCCUCUGCUAUGGAGACCUCUCCACGCCGUUUCUCCUUCAGCCCUUCUGCUGUCAGCCCAAGAACCACCUCACCUGGGGCUCGGUCCUCCGCUCGGAGCCCCCUCAGCCCCUUUGACACCGAGACCUUCAACUGGCCUGAUGUCCGGGAGCUCUGCUCCAAAUAUACCUCCCACGACAAGACUGCUCAGGCUGAAAGCAGUUGGCCCCGUAGCCUGCCGGUUAACAGGAGUCGCUCCUUGCCAGAGAACAUUGUAGAACCUCCUGUGUCUGGCAAGGCGGACCGCUGCAGCAGCCUGAACACCAACAGGCGCGAGGGAGAUGGGGAGGCCUCCCAGCCUCCACCUCCUGAGUCUCCUCCCCAAAGCCAGCUGAAUGGAGGCGAUGCCCUGUAUGUCACCGCUGACCUUACCCUGGAGAACAACCAGCGAGUGAUCAUCAUGGAGAAGGGGCCCCAUCCUAUCUCCGCCGUGGGGCUGGAGGAAGACAGUGGGAAGGAACCAAGUUCCCCGGUGGCUUUGAAGGGACAGGGCCAAGGUUUCCAGGAGUCUGCAGAGUACCAGCCCAAAGAACACGGUCCCAGGGACUCAGCAGACACAAACAAACAGGGUAGAGUGAGAAACCUGAGGGAGAAGUUCCAGGCCUUGAACUCUGUGGGUUGACUGACUCCUGAAAGGGAGAGAACAGCCAUGUGGAGGUCGGAAGGACCUGGCAUGCUCCCCCUACCCCCAACCCCCAACCCCCAACCCCCCCCAGGCCUGGCUCAUUAAGGCCGAUCCUCCAUUCUUCUGGAAGAGUGGUUUGGGAAACACGUGUGAACUUACCUGUGCUGGCACCUCCCCUCCCCUGGGAGGGUGACUGACUUUCCUUAGGUCCAGAUGAGCCACUUAACCUUCUCUGUAAAUACUUCUCUGAUAUGAAGCCAACUAUUUUAUUUAAGCUUAUCCUGCCCAGGGAGAGCAAGCACUGCCCGGCUGAGAACCCAAGGGAGAGACCUAGGAAGCAGCCCCGGCAGGCUUUGCCCUUGAACUGCCUUGUCAUAGGACCCAGGCAGGAAUGAGGCCAAUAAUUUAUUGCUUUACAUCCUGUGGGGUGUGUGUGUGUGUGUGUGUGUGUGUGUGUGUGUGUGUGUGUGUGUAUGUAUGUGUGUGUCUUAUAAAGAAUGUAACGGGCAGACUUAGUUCAGGUACUCUUGAAGGUUGUCUUGCUGGCCCUGUGGGUGUUGCCAAUGGACGCACAUGUCAUUAUUUACCUAUGGUAUAAUAACCACUGCUGACCAACCAACCUGUGUUGUGGCCUCCUUCCUGGGGACGUGGGUGCUCACUCAAAUGUCCAGGCCCAGCAGACAAAACAAGGGUGCUCACAGGUCAGGUGCAUACAUAGUGUGAGGUGGGGCCUUGUUCCCUGCCACGUUUGCCUCUGUGCAUUGCUUUGUCCACCCAACAGCGUAACGUUCUAUCUCGGGAUGAGCUGGAGCCGACAGGGGCAAGUGGAACCCUUCAGAUAAGCGGGGCUUUCUAGGGUCCAGUGCCUUUUACUCAUCUCUCCCUCCCCAGUCCCCAGGAAGGGGUGAGGGUCCUAAGGCUGAGGCUUAGCAAUGUCCUAAAGUGGUCUGCAGUGUUGUGGAGUGUAAGUGUAUUUUAUUGGAAUGGUUCCUGUUCUCACAGCACCCACAGAAGUGUCUGGUUGCAAAAGGCCAGGAAUGUCCCAUUUCUAAAUGGGCUUUUUUUCUCCACAGAAGGCCAGCUUUACUUUGGUUUGUUCUGUCUGGGGCCAGAAAAGAGGGGACUGUAGGGCCUUGGUGAUCAUUCUCUCUAGUGUACCUGUAAGUCUAGUGCGACCUGGGGGUCUUCCAACCUAGGAGGAUAGAUUGGAUUGGAUCUGAUCAUAGGAUGACCAUCGAUCCCCACGCCACCCUGAUGUCAGGUGAGUGGUGGUCUCCUGGGCAGGGACAGAGCAGGGCUGCAGUAGCCCAGGUCCUGUCUGUCCUCUGUCACCGAGCAGGCCAGGCCCGGGAUAUGACGGCCAUUAAAGCAUUGGAUAGGUGACUCCAAGACAGCUGGGUCACCCAGCUAUGUACUUUCCUCAUCAACAGAUUGAAGGCUGGAUGAGUCAGUUUCUCAGACUCAAUGAUGGCAUCCAGGGGUGGAGCCUGGGUAGCUGUGGCUAAUGUCUUUCGGGUGAACCUUGCAGUCCAUGUGUAGGUGUGCCUCGGAACCUUGGACAGGGGCAGUUGCACUCACUGGCUCCUAUUAGAAUUAUCUGAAGACCCUCAAACCUGGCAGUCCCAUGUCCCACCCAGGCCAAACAAAACUGCCCCUUGAAAAUGGAUUCCAGGACAGGGAGGAGAUCAGGUUCCUGCUCCCCGCAGUUAACAGCCUGCAUAGUAGAUUGCUUAGAGACACCUUUGUCCUCGAGUUGAUUGAACUUAUGAACAAACAAGCUUCCUCGGGGUUCCAGAUGGGAUCUAGGGUCUGGAUACCAGCAAUCAUCCCAUAAUACUCUGAGGAACAAAG